AUUCCUGUCCGCUCUGCUGUCGCCGGUAUCCCCUUCUUAAGGUCUUCAACUUAGAUGGCGUUGUCGCUCUAUCCCCUCCGCCGCCAUUCGCACGCCUACACGAUCGCUUUAUCGCAACCCACCCAAAGAGCCAGUAGAAAUUGAUUCUCUAGUCUUUUUCAUCGCUACAGAUCAACAACUCCUUGUUGCAAAACCCUCAUCAUGGCCAUCGAGAUCCUCCCCCUCACCAAACAGGACAUCCCCGCGGCCGUAGAAUGCGUGCAGACGGCGUUUGCCGACGACCCGUAUUUCCAGUGGUUAUUCGACGAUGCCAGCUACGACAUCCACCGCAACGCCGCCUCCCUCGCCGCCCACUUCCACUACGGCCUGAACUGCAACAUGCCCAUGUACAUCGCCAAGACCACUCUGAACGCCGCCCCAGACGACAAACACCCCCCGCACAGCGUCGUCGGCGUCUCAUGGUGGUACGCGCCGCAGCCCGCCUCUGCGCCCCUCCCCUGGUCCAUCUGGGCCCAGGACUGGCUCCUCUCGAUGCGUCAGCUUCUCUACAACAUCCGCUUCGGGGGCCGUGGUGGCCUUAACCUCUCCCGGUACCGUCUGUGGAAGGCGAUGCAGGAGAAGACACACGAGAAGGUGUGGACGGAUCCCCGCGGGUAUUACUUCUGUAACGUGUUGGCGGUAAGUGCGCAGAUGAGGGGCAUGGGGGUGGGGAAGAAGCUGGUGCAGGUAGUGACGGACCGGGCGGACCGUGAGGGCGUCAAGUGCUAUUUGGAGAGCUCGAAGGGGGUGCCGAAUUUGGUGAUCUAUGAGAAGUUGGGGUUUGGGUUGGUCAAGGAGAUUGAGUGUGUGGAUGGUGUGGAUAAGUGCAAGCUUUAUUGUAUGACCCGGAAUCCGAGUAUGAAGGUUUAAGUGGGUAAACCUUUGGUUAUAGCGGUUAUGGGUGGGAGAUUGAGCACUUUUCUACAUCGCUGUACAAUGAGGAAGUCCGUUGAAUAGCAGCCUCACUGGGAUGACUCUUCAAAUCCUUCCAAGUAUUUCCAAGAAGACAUUGCACUUUUCUUCCAAUUAGUCUUUCCCAUUUUAGCUGGCUUGGAUCUAAAGUCACUAAC